CGGGACCUGCGGUAGUGUGGUGUUUGUUCAGUCAUGGCGGCCGCGGCUGAGGGCAGCGAGAGGGCGGCGGCGGCGGGAGAGGAGCGGCCGGGGCAGGCCCAGGCCGACAAGGGCAGCUUCGAGUGUAACAUCUGCCUGGACACCGCCAGGGACGCGGUCAUCAGCCUCUGCGGCCAUUUAUACUGUUGGCCAUGUCUCCAUCAGUGGCUAGAGAUGAGACCGAAUCGGAAAGAAUGUCCCGUCUGCAAAGCUGGUAUCAGUCAGGAGAAGGUUAUCCCCCUGUAUGGGAGAGGCAGCAGCAGUGAGCAAGAUCCCAGACUGAAGACUCCACCCAGACCACAAGGUCAGAGAACCGAAGCUGAGAAUAGAGGGAGUUUCCAGGGAUUUGGAGACACUGGAUUCCAUAUGUCCUUUGGAAUUGGAGCAUUUCCUUUCGGAUUCUUCACAACAGUCUUCAAUUCCAGUGAGAACAGACAGAGAGCAGACAAUGACCGGCACCAUCCAUCCAAUGGGGGCCUAGACUGGGACAACUACUUUGGGCCGAUCCGAGGUGUCAACAACAGCAACAACUGGGACUCACUCUUUCUGUUUGUGGCCAUCUUUUUCUUCUUCUGGCUGCUCAGCGUGUGACUGCCUGAAACGUUCUGGGUACAAAUGUGGGCAAAGAUUUCCUGUAAUCUAUUGGGGGGUUCAUACUGAUCAAUAAAUGCCAAAGCCAACCAGAAACCAAAUUCCCUGCCAGCCACAUUCCCCCCAACAACUCCCACCCUGUCUAUAUUUCCUCUGAUACGGGACUCAAGUAAAGGAGCUUCACCUGUAUGUAAUUUAGGAAAUGCACUGAGGUUGCUGAGCAGGUUGGCUGGUACAGAUUGUGGCAGCUCAGCCUGGAUUUUCUCCACAUUGUAUGGUGGCCAGUGAAGGAGUAAAGCUCCUCUUGCUCCCUUAUUCUCUCACCUUCACCCCCUCUGCUUGUCUGUCUCUCUCUCUCUGUCUCGCCUCCUCUCUGUCUGUCUGUGUGUCUCUCUCUCUCUUGCCCCCCCCCCCCCCACCACUGUCUGUCUGGUCCCCUCUGCCUGCCUGCCUGUGUCUCUCUCUCGCCCCCUCUGCCUGUCUGUGUCUCUCUCGCCCCCUCUGCCUGUCUGUCUGUGUCUCUCUCUCUCUCUCUCGCCCCCCCCCCCCCCCCCCCCUCCCCUGGUCUGGCUCCCUGUGUCUGUCUCUCUCACCCCCCUCUGCCUGCCUGCCUGCGUGUGUGUGUCUCUCUCGCGCCCCCCCGGGUUCAGUUUGUGUCUCUCAGACUGUUAGCUCUGGUAUCCGUCACACUGCCACAUCAUUUCCUCAUGGAAAUGGUGGCACCUCUGAUUUCCAAAUCUCAGUCAGGAAUCUCUCUGGUGCUCCUACAUUUCCCUGAUAGACUGUCACACAGAUGGCUGUCCGUAAUGGAGACGGAGACAGAGCGUGAACGAGAGAGAAAGACAGACAGACAGACAAACAAACAAUGGGCAAGUCUUCUCUUAGUGCCGUAUAAACCUUCAACCUGUCACUGAGCAAGUCAGUGUCUGGGGAGUGAGGGUCUGCCCCUGACUGCUGUGUUUUGUCUUCUAUCCCUCGCUCACCUGAUGCUGUUAUCUAUCCCUGUCUUUCCAUGCUGUGUCUUUGGGUUGUGAGGCCCAGUCUCCUGCUGGUUGCCCUGCGAGGCAGAAAGAAACCAUGAGGUAUAAUCUUCUCACUAUUGACCCACUGGUCAUGGAGCCUUAGAAAACCUUGCCGUUCCCGUUUGUUUACAACAGUGCCUGCAGUUUUCAAACCAAUCAAUUGUAGCUAGUGCAGACAGCUUCUACAGGGCACUCAAGACAAAGUACCAAACAAGGCAUCAUGAAUUUAAACUCAAAUAUCACUGCGGGUGAAAUGUUGAUAACAGCCAACUCCCUGCAGUGCCCACUGCUUCAAACAGAAUCUCAGCAUAUCUCUUAGAUUGACUUGAAUUGAGGAUGUGUGGAUGCCAUGAAGGAAGGUUAAUAAAAGUCAGCCCUGCAGAAUCCCAAUGUCAGUGAUUGUUGGAAAUGAGCAGAUAUUCCCUAUUCCCCAUUUACCCUCAUGUUGAACAAACGUUCUGUCUGAGGGUUUAAAAUAAAUAUAAUCCAGCAGUUAGCAGCUGCUCACUUGUCAACUGGUUUUUCUCUGCAGAGGGUUGACAUCGAUCCUCUGAGCCUCAGUAAUCAGGUUAGCCAUUAAUCUCAUCGGACAGGGGUUGACGUAUCAUGUUUAUCAAGAACAGAAAACCAUGUGUUGAAAAAACAAAAUAAAACAUGGAAAAUAAUGCCCAUGACCUGUACUAAGACAGCUGGCUGCUAAGGGGUCAUGUCUAGUUUUGGCGGUCUGUACUGGUGCCCUGUAUCCAUCCCCACACACACACCCCUUCUUCUAUCUGUCUGCAAAUGUGUAUUGCUCAACUUCAUAAAUUCUUCUGUGCAGUAGGCUUGGGUAGUUCCUGCAUCUGUUAAAAAUCACCUUCCCUGCUUCAGUAUUAACACUUGUUUGCACUUUAAAAUAGCCUCUUUCUAGAUCAUUAACCAUAACAAAAUGAGCUAUGACCAGUUAUUCCCAAACUGUCUCGGCCUCCUGACCACACAGAAUUUGACCUGAGAUGGCCAGGGUUGGGGGGGGGUGGUGGGAGAGAGAGAGAGAAAAAAAAAAAUCCCUGGCCAAAUUUUCAAGUUUCUGCAGUGUGUUGCCAUUUCCUCUAGUCAGAAACCCGGACUGGUGAUGGGAGUUGGGGCCGAGGGGAUAGGAAACAGAUUGACACUGGGUUUAAGCUGUAGUCCACACCCUGUUCUGAUCCUGCCCAAACUCCUCAUGGCACAUUUCAGUCAGUGAAGAGGUAGUAGAUUCUGUACAUCAUAAUUGAGUUGAUUUGACAAACCCUAGCUGAUGCUAAUCAUUUUAAUGUUUAACAUAGGAUGUUCUGGUUUCCUGAAUAAACACAUCUCAAUUAUAGAAUAGAGA